AGUCUGACGCGGAUUGUUGGAUUGCACGGAAGGCGCGAUUCUCAAGCGUUCCGUAGAUCGAAAGCAAAUGAAAAAUGUUUCAAAUAGUGUGAAGUGAACAAGAAAAAAAAAUAUUUGGACACGAGAGACAAUUUUAAAAAUAAUAUCCAAAGAGUGCCACAAAAAAAUCACAUUUUUCUAGUAAUAGUCACUUUUUCUACAUUUCCUUUUUUCCCUCUGAUCUUUCACAAACUAUAUUCCUUCUUGACUACAUAAAGCAGCAACUACACCACAUCAAGACAAUCCGGAUGUUUUAGUGAAAAAGUGAAAUUUUUAUGCGACGUUCUUUCUCACCACUCAACGUAUUGGGACAUUUUACGAAUGGUGCCGAAGAGGGGAACUUGAGACACCAAAAACGUGCAAAAUUAUUCACAUCGAUAGACGACCUCGAGAGGUGCAAUUUGACAUGACAGAAUAGGUGCUUUUUGAGCCUUUGGGCGAAUUUCUGAAUCUCUGAUGGAAGGGUGGUUGUAUCCACUGAGAAUUCCACCCAUCCAGCAUUGGCCGCUGGCCUAUUGCUUCGAUCCUGAUCGACGGCGUCAUCUGUGGAGGAGUAAGAGUUGCCACAAGAAAGUAACUACGAAAGCAUUGGGGACGAGACGAGGAUCAACAAUCAUUCCAUUGAAUGCCAAAGCGGAACUACAAGAGCUGAAAAGAUUGGUUAAUCUCACCAAUUCCAACCACAAAUUGGCCAAUUGAUUAUUCAGUUUAUAGUUCCAAAUGUCCCCAAAUUGGGGCUAUUGCAUCUGUAGCCUCAGUGCAAAGAUUAUGUGUGAAAGUGCAUGUCGAAGAACGCAAUUGAUUAAUCAAGUGUCUUAAUUAAGUGUCCUUAUGCGGUGAAUAUUGAGUUCAUUUAAUUUUUCCUUUUCUCUUACAUAAAAAAAAAGUUUAAUUCUCUUUUUGAGUAAUUGCUUUUGAAAAUUUGCAAAGAAAAAGGCUUAAAAAAAUAAAAUUUGACCAUUUAGCGUAAAUAAAAGUGGUCAAAAAAUUAGGGAGUGUGUUAAAAAUUUUGUGGUGAGAAUAGAAGAAAAUAGUUCCUCAUUAGUUAGCAAAAGAUAAAAGUUUUUAUUGUAAAUCGUUUGAUGAAAUCAAGUGUUGGUGUGGGAGAAGUUAGAAAUUUCUGAGAAACUCUCUGUGCCUCAUUUUGAUCCAAGGAAAACCCAGAACAAGUGUUCCCACCGAGUUGAGUGCGUCAAACACAACAUGGGAAAGAAAGUUCAGAUUCCAAUUCAGCAACAAAACGAACGUAGAAUACGAGCAAACGAUAGAGAUUACAAUUCACAAUUCAAAUACGCUAAUAAUUACAUUAAAACGUCCAAAUAUACACUUCUCACGUUUCUACCAUUGAAUCUCUUGGAGCAAUUUCAACGUCUUGCCAAUUUUUAUUUCCUGUGUCUCUUGGUACUCCAAUUGAUUCCCGCCAUAUCGUCGUUGACGCCAAUAACCACGGCGAUACCAUUAAUUGGUGUACUGAUGCUGACAGCCGUGAAGGAUGCAUAUGACGACAUUCAACGGCACAUGUCUGAUUCUCAUGUGAACAAUCGCAAAUCAAAGACACUGAGAAAUGGAAAGUUGGUGGAUGAGAGGUGGUCAGGUGUUCUUGUGGGUGAUAUCAUACGAAUGGAGAACAAUCAAUUUGUUGCUGCAGACAUUCUUCUGCUCACAUCGAGUGAACCCAAUGGAUUGUGCUUCAUUGAGACGGCCGAAUUGGAUGGGGAGACAAAUCUCAAGUGUAAACAGUGUCUCGUGGAGACGGCGGAAAUGAGUCAACAUGACGAAUUGUUGGGCAAAUUCAAUGGGGAAAUAAUUUGUGAGCCACCAAAUAAUCUUCUCAAUAAAUUCGAUGGGACACUCAUUUGGAAGAAUCAGCGCUUCUCGCUGGACAAUGAGAAGAUCUUACUGCGUGGAUGUGUUCUCAGAAAUACACAGUGGUGCUAUGGGAUUGUUAUAUUUGCUGGAAAAGAUACGAAAUUGAUGCAAAACUCGGGAAAGACCAAAUUCAAAAGUACAAGCAUCGAUAGAUUACUGAAUUUUAUUAUAAUUGGUAUUGUGUUUUUUCUCCUCUCCAUUUGUGCUUUCUGUACCGUGGCUUGUGCAAUAUGGGAAGGACUCGUUGGACAGUAUUUUCAAGUUUACCUACCAUGGCCGAAUAUUAUUCCCAAUGGUACCAUUCAAGGAGCCACCGUGAUUGGUUUAUUAGUAUUUUUUUCAUAUGCUAUCGUUUUAAAUACGGUUGUGCCAAUAUCUCUCUACGUUUCAGUAGAGGUAAUUAGAUUUGCCCAGUCAUUCCUGAUAAAUUGGGACGAGAAGAUGCACCACAAGAAGACAAAUACAUCCGCCAAGGCGAGAACUACGACACUUAAUGAGGAACUGGGACAAAUUCAGUACAUUUUCUCAGAUAAAACAGGGACACUCACGCAGAAUAUCAUGACGUUCAACAAGUGUAGCAUCAAUGGGAAGUCCUAUGGGGAUGUUGUGGACACGAGAACGGGAGAAAUUGUUGAUUUGGCUGAUCACCAAGUUAUGGGGAGAAGGUCACUUGUUGUGACGUGUGAUGGGAGCCAGGGGAGAAAGGUGUCACAACCCCAGGUGGUUGGUGAGCGCAAGAAGCGUGUUACGUAUAGAGAAGCAUCAACAGGCAAUGGGCAACAACAUAACAACAAUCGUCAGCAUUUAAUACACCAACUCAAAUUGAAUCUGCAAAUAAAUUACAAUUCAAACGACACUUUUACGCACACUAUCCCCAAUUCUGGACCCGAUCAUCACGAGGGAGUGCAUGUAGCCGAUCCCAUUGAUUUUUCAUUCAAUCCCGAGUAUGAGCCCGAAUUUAAAUGGUACGACAAGAAUCUCUUGGAUGCCGUGAAGACAGAUGAGGAGAAUGUGCACAAAUUUUUUCGAUUACUCGCCCUGUGUCACACUGUGAUGCCAGAAGAUAAGAAUGGGCGUCUCGAGUAUCAGGCACAGAGUCCCGAUGAAUCGGCUCUUGUGUCAGCAGCGAGAAAUUUUGGCUUUGUCUUCAAGCAUAGAACACCAAAUACCAUAACGAUUGAAAUCAAAGGGAAGAUUGAGGAAUAUGAGUUGUUGAGUAUUUUAGAUUUUAAUAAUGUUAGAAAGCGAAUGUCCGUGAUUGUUCGACGCAACAAUAAAAUAUUGCUUCUCUGCAAGGGAGCUGACAAUGUGAUAUACGAUAGAUUGGGACCGGAUCAGAUUGAGUUGAAGGCGAGAACACAGGAGCAUCUCAAUAAAUUUGCCGGAGAGGGUCUUCGAACACUGGUGCUGGCUGAAAGGUAUUUAGAUGAGGAAUUUUUCAGUGGAUGGCGAGCACGGCAGCAAGAGGCUGCCCUCUCAAUGGAUGGGCGUGAAGAUAAAUUGGGGGCUAUUUAUGAGGAGAUUGAGUGCGAUAUGAUGUUGGUUGGUGUGACGGCAAUUGAGGAUAAAUUGCAAGAUGGUGUGCCACAGACUAUUGCCAAUCUACAGACGGCAGGGAUUAAAAUUUGGGUUUUAACGGGAGAUAAGCAGGAAACUGCCAUCAACAUUGGCUACUCAUGUCAGCUACUUACCGAUGAACUUGUGGAUGUUUUUGUCGUGGACGGCGUGACACUCGACGAGGUUGAGCAGCAAUUGAGGAAAUUCAAAGAGUCCAUAAAGAUAAUCAAUACUUUCCAUCCUGGGGGUGUCUACCACAAUAAUAUUGCUACAGCCAAUGGUGGCAAUAAUUCCACCGUAACCAUCGAGAACCUGCGGCACAAUGCUGCUCCACCUGCCAUCUCCGUUGUUACUUUUAGGUGGGACUCAAAUAAGCGAAAUAGGGGCGCACCAGACAGCGCGGAAUGCGAUCAGAUUUUCGAUGGGGGCGAAAAGGGUGCAACGGGUCCAUCGGCAACUGCCACGGAUGUUGAGGAGAAUACGGGUUUUGCAAUUGUGAUCAAUGGGCACUCUCUGGUGCAUUGCCUAUCGCCAGAGCUGGAGGAUCGCUUCCUGGACGUGGCGUCCAACUGCAAGGCCGUGAUCUGCUGCCGUGUUACACCACUGCAGAAGGCCAUGGUUAUUGAAUUGAUAAAACGUGCCAAAAAUGCCGUCACUCUGGCCAUUGGGGAUGGCGCUAAUGAUGUUUCUAUGAUUAAGGCUGCCCACAUUGGGGUCGGUAUCUCAGGUCAGGAGGGGAUGCAAGCUGUCUUGGCCAGUGACUACUCAAUCGCCCAAUUUCGUUACCUAGAACGCCUCCUCCUUGUCCAUGGCAGAUGGUCGUACUAUCGCAUGUGUAAAUUCCUGCGAUAUUUUUUCUACAAGAAUUUUGCCUUCACAUUGUGCCAUUUCUGGUUCGCCUUCUUCUGCGGCUUUAGUGCCCAGACGGUGUUCGAUCCAAUGUUCAUUUCUGUGUACAAUUUGUUCUACACAUCACUCCCCGUUCUAGCAUUGGGGGUCUUUGAGCAAGAUGUGUCAGAUAAGAAUAGUCUUGAGUAUCCAAAAUUAUACACACCGGGGCUGACGAAUGCCCUCUUCAACACCACCGAAUUUAUCCGGAGUGUCCUCCAUGGUAUCUUCAGUUCUCUCGUGCUCUUUCUCAUCCCCUAUGGCACCUACAAGGAUGGUGUCUCACCCGAGGGCUACGUUCUCAGCGAUCACAUGCUCCUUGGCUCAGUGGUGGCGACAAUUCUCAUCCUCGACAACACUGCACAGAUCGCCCUGGACACGUCGUAUUGGACUGUAUUCAAUCACAUAAUGGUUUGGGGCAGUGUUGUGACAUACUUUGUGCUGGAUUACUUCUACAAUUAUGUCAUUGGUGGCCCCUAUGUGGGCUCCCUGACGCAAGCAAUGAAAGAACCCACAUUUUGGUUCACAACCCUCAUUUCGGUGCUGAUGCUAAUGGUACCCGUAUUGGCGUUCCGCUUCUACUUUGUCGAUGUGUACCCGAGUUUGUCGGAUAAGGUGCGUCUCAAGCAGCGAAUGGCACAGAUACGUUCCAGGCAGUCUACGGAUGUGCUGCGUACACCAUCAGCACGCAGAGCACGACGAUCUCUCAGAUCCGGAUAUGCAUUUGCCCACCAAGAAGGAUUUGGUCGCCUCAUUACAUCCGGGAAGAUUAUGCGAAAGCUCCCGCAAGAUUUUGCUUUUCCCCUUGGUUUGGGUAGUAGCAAAAAGCAGCAUUCGAUCAAUCACCAGGACUCCCUCAAUCACACCAACAAUCACAAGCACCCGCAGCAAGUUCAUUUGCCGGGAAGUUCAAAUGGUGGCGAUGCUAGUCCACGAGCUCCUUGUCAGGAUUUGGAUACAAUCAAUCUCUAGGUUUACGCGCUGUUUUUUCUUUUCUAUUUCCUCUUUUUCUUUUGUACUUUAAAAUAUCUUUUAAAGACACAAUCAAACUCACAGAAAACACACAAAAAAAAAACAUUUGGAAAUUCAAGAAUAAUUUCCUUCAUUUAUUCCAUAAAAUUUUUCCUUAUUCCACACAAACACACCAGGUAAGUUUUCUAUGUGAAAUUUUAUUCUCUUUUCUAUAAUAAAAAAAAACAUCAAUGUAUCUCACCUUGAUCUAUCGUCUCUUUGUGAAGAAAAUAUAUAAUAUUAAUUAAGGAUUUUUUUAAAUGAAAAAAAAAUGGAGUUAAAACUCUCUCUUUUGUGAUUUUAGUUUAUAGGUGAUGAAGGAGAAAAUGAAGUGAAACGCUGAAGAUGCUUAUUUUUGUUACUUGUACAUUUUUUUUCUAUAUAAACUUACCUUUUAGUCUUUUAUUACAAACAAAGAAAGUAUAAGAAAAAAGGAAAGUCGUGGGUUUAUGAAGUAAGAUGGAUAUUUUUAUGAAUUUAUUUAUUGUGUCCAAAAAAAAAGUCACUCCUCACAAAAUGCUCUGUAAGUAUUUUUUCUUUAUUUCACGCGAAAUUAUAAAUAUUCAAAUUUAUUCACGAAAACAAACAAAGAGAUUUCCUAAAUUGGCCAGAAUUUUACUUAUUCUUAAUUCCUAAAAGAAAAUUACUGAAGUUUUGUGAUUGAAAUGUUUUAAAAAAAAAUUUAGGCAAAUGUGUUGCUAAUAAAUAUUUCUUAAAUUAACAAAUGGCCAUAUUUUAGUAAAAUAAAUUUAAUUGUGUUCAAAAGAAAUUUUAAAUAGCAUUUUUUUCAUAACAAAGCAACACUCAAAAUUAUUAAAAUUCAUUUCUAAUAAACAAAGGAGUUUAUUCAGUUUAAUAUGGGUCAUGAAUUCUUUCGAGGAAACACGCAGGACCUGCGUAGUCUUGUAGAAGAGUAAAGAAAGAAUAAGAAAUACUAAAAAGAGAUUCUCAUAUUUCCACUGCUGAUCAGGGCAGGGAAAGCCAGUAAUAAUUUGCUCUAAAAUGUAAAUUAUUACGUCAUCUUUACGUGAAACAUUUGAGCUGAUGUUUCAUCGGUGAGUUUUGAUGUUAUUUUUUAAACUAUCUCUACAAAAUUGUUCGAUUUAUAAUCAUAUUUUCGCUCGAGGAAAAUUUUCUGAUAGAAUUUCAGAAAUAUCUUCUUAAAAUCCACCGAUAAAACAUUAGCGCGAAUGUUUCAUACAUCGAAAGAAACAGCAAAAUAACGGUGACGUCAUUAUUUAAAUUUUUAGGCAAAUAUUUGCCGUAUAUUUCCUUCUGAUAUCUGUGGAAAAUCUUUAUAGAAACUUCUGUUUCUUUCUAGUUCCUCUACAAAUCUACACAUGCCCCGAAUAUUUCCUCGAAUAAGUUCACGACCCGUAUAUCAAUGUAUAAAAAACUCCUUUCUCUUCGAAAAUCUCUUUGAAAAAUAAAUAGUUAAUGCAAAUCACCAAGUCACUCUGAAGCCUUGCAUAAAAUAAAAAUUAGACAGCUAAAUAAAUUAUAUAAAAAAAAUGUAAAUAGCAAAAAAAAUAAAUAUUUGCUCUUUAUAUUAAAUGAGAAAAAAUAGCAAAAAAAAUCUUUAUAGUCGUUGUAAAAGAAAAAAAAAACAGAAGAAAAGCAUAAAAAUGCAAAAGAGGACACUGAAAAAAGAAUAUAAUUGAGAAAAUUCCUUUUAAACGAGAAGAAAAAACCUUUACACUUUUUGUCUCAGGAAAUUAUCUUUUAAAUAGUUGACGCUACUUUGCAAUAAUUAUUUCUUUUUCUUUAAAAAAAAUAAAAAAAAGAGAAACAAUUUAAAUGAACGAAAAAUAAAUUAAAUUAUUAAGGAAAGAUUGAAAGCUUUUUCUUCUAAGUUUUGUAUUGAAGAAAACAUAUUUUUUUUAUUUUUGCGAAAAUAUAAUUUUUAAGCAAAAUGCUUUAUUUAUAUGCAAAGUAAGAGAAAGCUAAGAAAACUAUGAAACAUUUGGCCUUUUAGCGAGAACGUAAACAAAAUGAGAAUAUUUUUAAAAAAAAGAAGCGCAAUGUCGAGAAAUCAUAUAAGAAAAAAAAUAGAAGAAAUGUUGACAAAAUUUCUUUCUUUUAUUGUAAAAAAUAAACAAAAAGUUUAUAUACCAAGUGGAUUUAGUUCAAAAUUGCAGCCAUUUUUGAGCUAAGCUCCUCUCUGUUGAUCUUUAAAACAAGUUAUAUUAAACAAAAAAAAGAGCCCUCCUCUAAGAAAAUGUUACCAAUUUACUUAAUUAAUUAACAAAAAAAAAGUAAAGAAAGCAAGGAAAAGAGUUUAUUGAAAGUUAAUCGCGAUUUAGCCCUAUUAAACCCCAAUAUAUUAAAUGAUGAAAAAAUAUUUAUUGAAAGAAAAAAAUUAUUGAAGUAAAGAAAAAAAGAGAAAUUUUAAAACACUUUUGAGACAAAUGCACCAUGUUUUCUGUGUCAAGAAAAUCCAAUAAGUGUAAAAAGGAAACUGAAAAAAAUUAGCUUUUUAAAAAGAAAAUUAUAUAAUUAAUGAAAGAAAAUGACAAAAUAAAUCAAAUAUAGGAUGCCGAACCAAAUAUUAAAAAAAAUGAAAGAAAAAACUAUUAUUAAGUUUUAAUUAAAAUGUAGAUAUUUUAGAAGAGAUGAUAACGUAAAAUACUUAAGGUAAAAAAAAAAAGAUAUCUGAAUGCACUGAAAGUGGUACUUAAAAAACAAUUAUCGGUAUUUUUUUUUCUUACUUAGAACCAUUCUUUUGUUCAUUAUUUAAAGAAUUCUUUUCUAUGGCAGACGUGCAAGAAGUUAUUAAAUUUUAUUUGCCACCCCAAAAAAAAGAUGGAAAUAAGAGAUUUUCUUUUGCUGAGAAAAAGGAAAGUAUUUCUGCAGGAUAGAAGGAUGUCAUAAAAGGCCUAAAGAAAUCCCAAAAUCCUCGUUAAAAAUAACGUACAAUCUCACAAAUACUUAGAAUCCCACAAGUCCUGUGAAUCCCACGAAUCCUAAGAAUCCCUCAAGUACCAUGAAUCUCCCGAAUCCUAAGAAUAAAUCUUAAUAUUCUUUUUUUCGAAAAAUGUCUUAUCCUGAAAGCAAUUUAAAUUUAAUUCCUCUGAAUCCAGAGAAUCCUAUAAAUCCUUUCAAUAUCACCCUGUAGUUUAAUAAGUUCAAAAAGUUUUCAAUCUAGCCAUGAAUAACUGACAGUUUUAUUUGAAAUCUCAUAGUUCUUAGAAUCCUACAAAUCUCAGAAAUCGAAAGAAUCCAAUCAUUUUUUUUCUCUUUUGAAAAAAAUAAUUAUAUGUUUAGUUCUGUAAAACGCAAUAUUUCACGAAAGAUAUUGAUAUAUGUAUCUCAAAUCCCGCGAGCACUAUAAAUCUUAUAAAUCCUUAAAAUAUCAAAAAUACUAUGAAUUCAAAAAGUUUUACAAUCAAGCCGAAAACUUUCAUCAAAAUUUAAAAAAAAAGAACUUUUAGUUUUGCUUAAAAAUCUCAUUCACAAUCCCACAAGUUGUUAGAAUCCAACAAGUCCUGAAAAUCCCACGAAUCCUAAGAAUCUCAUAAAGCUCUAAUUCCAGAUAAUCUUAUGAAUAUCUCACAAAAGAUAACAGAUACUGUCUCCAAAAUCUAAAUCUUUUAAAUCCAAGGAAUCCUAUAAGUCCUCCGCAUAUCGAUAAAUCUAAGCUCUUGCAUAAUUCCUGCAAGUCCUGCACAGAACAUUCCUUUCUCUCGCAGCCGAAGAUCUCUGGCAUGUUUUCACCUAUGAAUUUAAUCGAGAUAUUUCUGAGAAAUCUCAUUGGAAUAGCAGCAGCAGCAGCAGAAAAAACUGAUAUGUUGACAAAAACAUGUUUAUAAGUAAUUAUUAUAUUUUUGUAAUAAAAAAAAGUAAUAGUCACAAACAA